CGGCUAGACAAUACCGCUCCAUCAGGCUCGCCGUCUUCAGUGCAACUCGUCCCCUGUCGCCAUGUCUGUCCACCAGCCUCUUAACGUUAUCAUUCCGAUCGGCGGUAUCGGAUCUCGCUUUUCCGAUCGAGGCUACCGCUACCCCAAGCCGCUCAUCAACAUCGUCGGGCGUCCGAUGCUGCUGUGGCUCCUCGACUGCCUGACACUCGAGCCCGAUGAUGUCGUUUGGAUCGCAGUAAGCGAAGAGGUGGACGAGGAGUUCCUCAUUGGGCAGCUCGUAGCCAAACACCUCAAAGGCGUCGUCGAGCACCAUGUCUUGCGACUGCGGCACCCGACCAAGGGUGCCAGUGAGACGCUCUACAUUGUUUGCCAGAGUAUGACACGGAAGUACCUCGAGCGGAAGACGGUGUCUCUCGACUGCGACACCAUAUACUGGAACGAUAUUUUGGGACAGGUCCGGGACAUGCCCACGCGCCAGGGCGGGUGCUUCUACUUCAAGGACAACGGCGACAAGCCCAUUUACUCUUACAUAAAAACAGAAGACAGGUGUGUAUUUCUCCCUUUAAUCAAGCGACGGGACAUGACUGUAUCUUAUCGUUACGUUGUAUAGGGACGGCCUGCAAUCAAUCAUCGAUAUUCAAGAGAAAAAGGCCAUCUCCAACAAAGCCAAUUCAGGGGCUUACGUGUUUCGAACCGCCCAAGAACUCAAGUCGUAUGCCGAAGAAAACCUCGAUGUCCCUGGCAUCAACUCGCAAGAUGUGGGAGAAUACUUCACCUCCCAGCUGAUUGCUCACAUGAUUCAAGAUGGUGUCCCGUACGUGGGUUUGCCGAUCCAGAAGCAGGACAUGUCCUGCGUGGGGACUCCGGAGCAGCUACAGGACUUUCUGCGGCGCGUCAAAAGCGACGAAUGCAAGCAUCCGCUGGCCUUGAAGAAAAGGCGCUUCUGUUUUGACUUGGACCUCACGCUCGUCGGGGUACCGGCGGUGUCGGGGGACUAUUCUACGUGCCCCCCGAUAGAGAAGAACAUUCGCCUGGUGAAGCAGCUCUAUAACGCUGGUCACCACAUCAUCAUUCAUACUGCGCGCAGAAUGCGAACGCAUAAUGGUAACGUGGGCUCGGUCAUUGCCGAUGUCGGGCCCGUUACAUUUACCCAGUUGGCCACGUACGGGAUCCCUUUCCACGAGGUGUACUUUGGCAAACCGUACGCCGAUGUUUACAUCGAUGACUUGGCCGUCAACGCGAACCUCGACACGACACGAGAGAUUGGCUGGUUCGACCGGCAGGACGACAUGCCUCCAAACCAUAUGGACAUGACGCAGCAGUCGAGUGACCAUACAAACGGUCAUGCCAACGGACGCACAAACAGCCACAAGAAAGCUGGCAUGGUUGCCGCACGCGACUUCAAUACAAUUCAGGUCAUUGACGACAAGGUCAUCAAGUCGACCAAGUCGGAGCAGAUCUUGGGCGAGAUGUGGUUUUACCUGCACAUGCCGCCCGAGAUUGCCAGCAUCAUCCCUAAAAUCCACGGCAUGGAGUUCUUUGCCGAGACGGGAACAUUCACCAUCACCAUGGACAACUGCAGAGGCCGAACCUUUUCGCACAUGCUUGUUGGCCGUUCCAUCACCAAGGGCCGCUUUCUCUCCUUCCUAAAGGGACUUUAUGCCUUUCACACAGCCAAGAGAGUCGACGAACCUAGUAAUGUCGACACCCCUCCGUCGCUUCAAGCUCUGCUGGAGAAGCAGUCGCAUCACCGGGGCGACCAACCGGUCAAUAUCUACGCCAACUAUGGCGACAAGCUUCGCCACAGGUACGAACGGCAUCGUGCUUGCUACGACGCGCUGGGGCCUCUUGCAGGGUCACUGUUCAGCCGCAUUCACGAGUUCUUGGACACGUACGAGGCAGAGGGAAAGGGCGUGCAUGCCGAUGUCAUCCACGGUGAUCCCGUCUUUAGCAAUGCCAUCCUGUCCCCGGACGACAGCGUCGUCACGUUCAUCGACGUGCGGGGGCAAGUCGGCGAUGUGCUCACCAGCGAAGGCGACGUACACUACGACCUCGCCAAAGUUCUCCAGUCGCUGUGCGGCUAUGACCACAUCCUGUUCCGAAGCGACAAUGGCCACGACUUGGCAGAGUACGUGCGCGGGGACAAGCCGCUCCUGGACGAGGCGGACGACCGGCUCCUGUGCGACCUACGCGAGUACUUUUUCGAUUUUGUGAAGGAAACCUACUCGAUGCACCUGCAUAGGAAGACGCUCCUUCGCAUCACCGCUUCUCUUAUCUUCAGUCUGAUCCCUCUGCACAGACCGGAGCUCGGCGCAGUCUUCCUGAAGCUCUGCAAGGAAACUCUGGAUAGGGCGAACCACAUGGUGGGCCACAUGUCAACGGGCCCAAACACCUCAACAUAGGGGUGCAGCUAUUGAGAGAAGGGGCAGUUGAAGGCUCAACUUGGCCUGGAAUACGAUACAGAAGUUGCGGUGCCAGCGAAGUGAACAUGAAGGCUACGCCGCCGGUCAAGAGCGCGCUUAUGUUGGUAUUUGCGCAAUGUUGCUCCUCACGUCGGCUCGGGUAAGAGCACUACUGACCCUCGGCAUGUAAAUAUCGACCUUGACAGUGAGCUUUGGGACGGUAUACCGAAAAGUGCUAUAAGGCACUAGAUCGUACAUGUAGACAUUGUAGAGUAGAGGUACUCUCGUUGCGCGUGGUACGCGGAACAUUGAAGUGUAACAAGCGCAGCUAGGAGAU